AUGAGGAUACCGGGCUUCAAAGAUACCAUCUUCCCCACUGAUUCCAUGCCCGUCUUUAGAAAUGUGGCCGAAGUGGGCUUGUUGGUCUUCCUCUUCCUAGUCGCCCUCGAGGUCGACAUGCGUCUGUUCACCCAGAACUGGAAGGCUGCCCUCAGCGUCGGCCUGGCCGGCAUGAUUCUGCCCUUUGGCCUCGGCUUUGCCAUCGCUUACGGUAUCUACCACCAGUUUCACGCCGGCAUUGUUGAGCAUCCCAUCAGCUUUGGAGUUUUUGGUUUGUUCAUUGGCACCGCGCUCGCCAUCACUGCUUUCCCCGUCCUCUGCCGCAUUCUCAGCGAGCUGAACCUGCUGCGUUGCAACGUCGGUGUCACCGUUUUGGCUGCCGGCAUCGGCAAUGAUGUGACCGGCUGGAUCCUCCUUGCCCUCUGCGUCGCCCUGGUCAACAACAGCAACGGCCUGGCUGCCCUCUGGGCCUUGCUCUGCUGCAUCGGCUGGACCCUGGUGUUGUUCUUCAUCGUCCGACCGCCUUUCAUCUGGGUCUUGAGGCGGACCGGCAGUCUGCAGAAUGGCCCUACCCAGGGCAUGGUCGCCCUGACCAUGCUCAUGGUGCUUGCUUCGGCUUGGUUUACCGGUAUUAUUGGUGUCCAUCCCAUCUUCGGAGCCUUCUUGGUCGGCCUCAUCUGCCCUCACGACGGCGGUUUUGCCAUCAAGUUGACCGAGAAGAUCGAGGAUCUGAUCUCGGUUCUAUUUCUACCCCUAUAUUUCGCACUCUCUGGCCUGAAUACGAACUUGGGUCUCUUGAACGACGGCAUCACCUGGGCCUAUGUCAUCGGCAUCAUCGUGUGCGCCUUCGUCGGCAAGAUCGCGGGUGGCACCCUGGCUGCUCGCGCUAGUAAGUUGCUUUGGCGAGAAAGCUUCACCAUAGGCUGCCUGAUGAGUUGCAAGGGUCUUGUCGAACUGAUUGUCCUGAACAUUGGUCUUCAAGCGGGCAUCCUGUCAGAUACUACUUUCAGCAUGUUUGUCGUCAUGGCUUUGGUUACAACUGUCGCCACUACGCCCCUUACCAAGGCUUUGUAUCCUCCAUGGUACCAAAAGAAGGUUGAAAGGUGGCGGCGCGGAGAAAUCGACUGGGACGGCAACCCCACCAACCCUCCCGAUGCCGAUCAGCCUCAGCAGAAGUCGGCCGACUCGCAGGUCCGCCGCCUCAUGGUGCAUCUUCGUCUCGACAGUCUUCCGAGCUUAUUUACCUUCAUCACUCUCCUCAGCCCUGAGAGCGUGCCCGCGUCCGCCCACCCUGACACCGCCGAAGACUCGUCCCAAGGCAAAGAGGUACAGAUCAGAAAGAGACCGCUCGAAGUUCAUGGCCUACGCGUCAUUGAACUCACCGACCGUACCUCGUCAGUCAUGCAUCUGACUGAGGGCGAUGAUUCCUACUCCCUCCGUGACCCUGUGGUCAACGCCUUCAGGACCUUCUCCCAGCUUCAUGACGUUGCCGUCUCGGGCCGGGUCGCAGUCGUUCCCGCAGAUUCGUACGCGGAGACGCUCAUGUCCCAGGCAUCCGAAGUAUCUUCCGACUUUGCCCUCAUCCCCUGGGGCGAGUACGGCAGCACAUCCGAGGACAUGUCCCUUCCUAUCGCCAUGAGUGGGAGCGAGAGGUUCCGGUCUACCUCCCACUUCGAAUUCAUCACCCAGACCCUACACCAAGCUGCUCACACCUGCAACACGGGCAUCUUCAUUGACAACGGCUUCGGUGGCAUCACUAAGCCCGUCGACCGGCCAGAUCUGGCCCGCACCAAGAGCGCCAUGUCCAUCCGCAGCUACCGCCCCGAGUUCGCCACCUUCCCUGUCGCCAAUAAGUCCCACCACAUCUUUCUUCCCUUCCUCGGCGGGCCCGACGACCACGUCGCCCUCCGAAUCGUCCUGCAGCUUGCCAAAAACCAACACGUCACCGCUUCCAUCGUGCGCAUCAUCUGGCCAGCCACCACCACCAAAGCCGAACCCACCACCUCCAACGACACCUCCACAUCCACCCCCUCCCCCAAAUCCGCCACCACUACUUCCCUCCAAGACUCAGCCGCCCGCCAAAUCCAACAAGAUGCAGUCUUCUUCGCCACCAUGCAGGCCUCUCUCCCGUCGGACCUCGCCCCGCGCGUCGUCUUCAGCGAGGUCGAGCUCUCGACUGCCGCCCCGGCCUCGACCCUCCCCGAGAUUGUGGUGCUCGCCCAGAAGACGGUCGGCCAGCGGCCUAAGAACGCCGGCGACGUGGUCGUCGUGGGGCGGCGGAAUGUUCGCUUUGGGGACGCGCUGGCCGCUGCUGGUGCUACUGGCGCUGCUUCUGCUGCGGAUGGGCAGGAUGGCGGUGGCGGAGUGAGUGGAGGAACUGGGAGUGGGAGCACUAGUGCGGGUGGGAGCGGUGGAGGUAGUGCGGAUCUGAGGCGGACGGUCGGUGCUGUGGCCGAGCAGUUGGUCACGGUGGGCAUCAAGGCGAGUAUCUUGGUCGUGCAGGCUGGCGGGAAGGGAUUGGAGGCUGUUUAUGCUUAG